GCGGAAUUUACGUAGGCUAAAACAUGGCGUCAGUUUCAAACUGAUUUAGUCGGACUUCGCGGAGUGCUGUUGGCCGUGCCUGAAAUAACCAUGUCUAAAAAAAAUUUCAUGCACCUGGUGGAGAAAGUGAACCAUGGUAACACAUCGGCCCAGGAAGAAGAGCGGCCUAGUUUGGAAUCCCCUCUCCUAAAGGCCUCACGCAUUCCCAUAUCUUCAAAGAAUGCUGCAGAGGCUUUCUCAAGCCACCAACAAGCAAAUAUUGAUGUCUGUGAUCUAAAGGAUCGAAAUAGUCUGGACGUCAACGGACUAUGGAAGAAACUUAACAAAUCAGAAAAAGAGAAGUUGGAACUUACUAAACUGCUGAAUGAGGAGGUUAAAAAAUAUGAAACUCAGAUGGCCAAGUUAAGACUCUCAAUGGAGAAAGUAGAGGAUAUCCGACAAAAACUAGAGUUUGAAAUCACAAUGGUUAAAGUGGAAGCUGGAAAAGACAAGCAUGCGGCAGAGAAGAAGAUGGAACAGAUGCAGAAAAUGAAUGAGCAUCUCCGAGCACAAAAUGCAGAAAUGUUGCAGCGGAUGUCUGAUAUUGAGAAGGCCUUAGAAAUAACUAAAAAAGCAAGAGAUGAAGACCAACAUGUAUAUGAGAGUGACCUCACAGAGAGAGAAAACAUUCUUCAAAAUUAUGAUAAGGAAAUCAAGCUUCUCGCUAAUGAGAAAGUUCAUCUGGAGCAUGUUCUACAGGUACAUGAAAGCACACUAAUGGAACUGCAAAAAAAACUACUGCAGCAAGAAACGGGGAGGAUGAAAGACUCUGAAGCCCUUAAGAUACAAGCAACUGAGCUGGAAUACAGUGCUGAACGAGAGGGGCGAUUAAAGCUGGAACUGGAGAAUACUGUGAAAAGAGUGAAAACUUUGGAGGAGAGCAUUGAAUCUGAAAGAGAAGCCCAUUUAAAAUCUAAAUUUGGCUCUGAAAUCAUUCAGUUGAAGUUCCAUGAACUUGAAGCUGAGUUGCAAGCUGAAAAGACAAAAACUGCAGAUGCCAUGUGUGCUAUGGAAACAGUUAAAAAGCAACUUGGCGAAUUGGAGGAAGCCUACCAGAAGGAAAGAACCAAGACAUCCGAUUCAAUCGAGAAACUGCAUAAGCAUGAGAAGGAACAUAGUUCAGUGAAGAAGCACCUUCAAGAGGAAGUAAAGCAAAGCAAGGCAAGAAUUGCAGCUCUCACCGAGGAACUACAGGCCCAUAAAGUAAAAUGUGCUGAAUCCCAGGGGAUUGUUGAGAUGAUGAAACAACAGCGAACCUUUUCAGAUCAAGCAUUUGACAACUGUCUGCAAGAAAUGGAGCUGCUUUUGUACAGCAGCAAUGUGUCAGGCCUGCGGACAUCAGAUGAUCAAAGAGAUAAAAGAAAACCCUCAAAUCCUGCAGUAAUCCUUGAGAGUCUAAAGACUACUUUGGUUUAUUAUCAGGAUAGACACAAUGAUGCUUCCAGCGAGAUGGUAAAAUUGAAGCAGCUCUGUGAAAAACUUGCAGAAGAGUAUAAAACAUGUGAAGAAACAGUCUGGAAGCAGAAAAAAGAUAUUGAGGCAACACAGGAGGAACUUGCAAAAGCCAAUAAGGAUUUAAGCCAGUUCCAUUCCCAGUAUGCAGAUAAAGAAGCCCACACUAAAAAAGUUGAAGCAGAGCUACAGAGUAUGCAGCAGCAAUCGCAGGCAGAGAAGGACAAAGUGAUUGAAGCCGAAAUUAAACUCCAAAGACUUACACAGAUUUACCAGAAGGACUCGGAGGAAAAGCUGACCUUUCUCCAUGGUCUGUACCAGCGAUUGGUAGCGGGCUGCGUACUAAUAAAACAACCAGAGGGCUUGCUGGGCAGAUUUUCCUGGUCUGAACUCUGUGCUGUCCUGCAGGAACAAGCCGAUGCCUUGACCUCAGACCUUACCAGCGCUAAUGAGAAGAUUGCCCAUCUGGAAUGUGUUUGUGAAACGCUAAAGGACCUACAAAAGAGACAAGAAGAUACGGUCGAUAGUGUAACACAACAAAUGAAAGCACAGGAAGACUCCUGGUUCAAACAGAAGAAAGAAAUGGAACUUCGCUAUUCUUCCAUGAUUGGCGAAUUACACACCAAAGCACAGAAAUAUCAGGAGGUGGCAAACGUGUCCAAAGAAAGAGUCCUAGAUCUGGAGAAGACUCGGGAUCAGAUGACAUUUGACCUUGCUCACUUUCAGCAAACCAUGCCCCAGUUGCAAAAGGAGAAGGCCGCCCUCCUCUCUGGUUGUGCCUUGUUGGCUGGUGCCUUGUAUCCACUUUAUACUCAGCUCUGCGUCCUCUCCAGUCAGAAGGACUUACUUCAGCAGCAGGUCUCCACCGGAGAGAAAGCUAUAAACCACAUGCAGACUCUCAUUCAUGCCUUGACCGCUGAAGAGGAUAAAGAAAAAGAGCAGGGGGAGCAGCAGAAGACAAAAGUAGCCACUGGAUUCAUCAAGAUUUUUCGGAAGGGGGUCAUAGUCAUCUUAGCUGCCCACCGUUUUCUGGCCUUGGGGCAGAGCUCCUCCUGUCUGUUUACUUGGGCAGAAAACUUUCAGGAGCUUCCUGAAAUGAUGGUCUGUGUUGGGGGAAAGAAGCUGGAACCGCAGCUCACAAGGCAGAACAAAGAACACAGACAUACCAUCCAGGCCUUAAGGUGGUUGACAAGUUCUGAUCUCCAUGCUGCUGUGGUCAGCGCUACAGCAGAGCUGCAUGAAGCCAUUUCAAACGCAGAUACCAGCUCGUCUUCGUCAAGCCAGUUGCUGAUAAGUGCUACCCGUCGCUCUUUUUUCAAGCUCAUGGACAGGCUAAGUCUUGAAAUGUAUAACUGCCACAGCGAGCCAAGGAGACCUGGGUGUACACAGAAGGGGUCGCUGAUCAGGCGGCUAGCUGAAGGUCUUCAAGAAGUCAAUAGUAAAAUGCUGAAAGAAGGCAUACCUGUCACUGCUAAGCAAACAGCAAUGUGCUUGCAGCAGCAUAUCCUCGAGUUUACUCGCCGUCUUCAUGCCGCAGAGGUUGAACGUCGCAAUUUACGGUUGGAGCUUGCGCAGCUUAAGCGCAACUUGCAAAAGAUGAAAAUGGAGGAGAGCAAAGUGUUGAGCAUUAAAGCAUCAGCGAUUCCUCGUGAUAAAUUUGAAAAUGUUUGCACCGAGCUGGAUAAUGCACUCCAGCGAGAGGAGCAGGCACAGCAGUUACUCCGUGAGCAAGCCAAGCAGCUGGAUGAACUGGGCCAACAGCUCAAACUGCACACUGGAGAGGAAGCUGAGAAAGAUCACACACUGUCUGAGGCCGUCAAGAGUCUCUCCGAGGCAAAGAUGGAGCUGAGGAGGAAAGAUCAGUCCGUGCGUCAGCUCAGAAAACAGCUGUCCCAGCGGGAUCAGGACAUACGUCGGCUGGAGGAGAACAUCCACGAUGCGGAGAGCGCCCUCUGCACGGCAGCCAAGUGUAAAGAGAUAUUAGCCACAUAUUUGAAAUCAAUUAAUGCAAAUCUCAAGGAGGUCAAAGAUCAGAUCUCGCUGUCAUGGUCUGCGGCAACCAGGCAUGACUUCACCCUGCAGCUACCCAAACUCCACCUGGAGAUCUUCGGAGCCGAAGGGCUGAAGGGGGGAGCAGAAGUUGCCGCUUGUCAGGAUUUUGUGACCGGCUUUAUGGACCUCUAUCAGCUGGCUUGCCUAAAAAUUUGUGCCUUGGAAGCUGAAAUCUUAUCACACCAGAAAAACAUUAAAGCUCUAAAAUCUGAACUGCAAAAUGCCUGUCUCCGCGAAAAUGAGGAAUUUCUUCCAGUGCACAAUGCUGUUCCUUCUCACUUGACCCUGCAUUCAGACAAACUGCCCCCCGAACAAGACUUUGCGGUGCUGAAUGCCGAACCCGACUGCACGUUUGCUUUGCUUCGAGAAACAUCCGGAAACAGCAGAGCCCGCUUCUCGAAGAGCUCCUUCUCCUCUUCCUUAAGUGCAUCCAGAGGAACCAAGCGUCUCUAACGGUGGACUUUUUCCUUACCUUAAGAGCUUUGUUUUACUUUUUUUAUUUUUUUUUUUUAUACUUUCCCUUUUUAAAGCGACUUUUUAUUUUGGUGUAAAGAUGUAAUUCCCGAUGGCUG